AACUGUAAGUGCUAAUGCUAAACUGAAGGUCUCUUGUUCAAGGUCAUCUUUCAGUUAGCAGCUAUCGCUACAGUGAUCGAGACAGCUUUCUUCAAGUAAAUUUUAGUAAACGCUUAUCAAUUCGUCAGUCUUCUAACUAGAUUUCUUGAAAACUUUCAAUCUCCACUCUAGACCAUUUCCGUUGUUCUUACCCAUGGUUUCAGUUGCACUACAUUACUUUGUCAUCACGCUUAUUAUAGCUAUUGUGAGCACAUUUUUUAUAAGCUAUAUAAUUUCAGCAUCAGAUCAUCAUAUCUCUAUUUUAUUUCCAUACAUAAGUGAUACUGGCGCGUUGCCACCGGAAAGUUGUGUAUUUGGUCAAUUGCUCAACAUAUGUUCGUUUUUAUGUCUCAUCUGUGUUUACAGUUGGUAUUUAUAUGAGUGUGAUGUGAUACUAGCUCAUGUUGGACCUCAGUCUCAUAUCAUUUUUGCACGUGUUACCUGUAUUAUUGGCUGUUUAUCUGCAAUUGGAAUGUCGAUAGUGGCUAAUUUCCAGGAAGCUACUGUUUUAACUGUUCAUUUAAUUGGUGCACUGAUGGUUUUUGGUUUUGGCACCGUAUUUUCUGCAUUAGUCACUUAUUCAACACGAAAAUACCUGGAAUACAAUUACAGGCUGUUUAUUUUACGUGGAUUUUUGACCAUCCUCAGUCUUCUGUUACAUAUAGGAACUUUUGCUUUUGCUGCUCUGUCUGGCAGUCUGACUUCAGCCCUGCCUAAAAAAUGGGAUCCAACUGAAAAAGGGUAUACAUUCCAUGCGUUAAGUGCUGUAUGUGAAUGGUUUUUGGCGGUAACAUUUUUGCUGUUUUUUACUUCAAUGAUUUUUGAAUUGCGGAAUUAUGUCCUGAAACCAAUUAAAAUACGUGAAAGAGUUACUGAGCGAACAGACAAUGAACGUACACCUCUAGUUACUUAACGCUUUCUUUAUUCUCUACUUAUAGUUUUAUCAAUUAGCUAUGAAUUAAAUUAAUUUUUUUUUCAAGUAUUCCCAGUGUAUCUGAUUUAUGUAAUCAUGAUUUUGAAAGCUAUUCAACUUCGUAUUUUAUAUUAAAAUAUGUAGUGCUUUUUUCUUUUCAUCAUCUAACAUGUACUGAUUUCUUAAUCUUUUUUUCCACUUAAGUAGAAAAUAAGAAUGAACUAACACUGUAAUCUUGUAUUAUUUAAAAAGAGAAUGAUAUUUACUGUUUAAUUCUCCUUAUGUAAUGAUUAUUAUUAUGCUGUAUCAAGUGUAUCGUUCAUAAAAGUGUUGAAGUUAACAAUUUUAUAUGCUUAAUAAAAAUGAGACUGCUUAAAUAUUGCAACUACAUUUAGCUGUUAACUUAGCUAACGGCCUUGUAUCUAAAUGUCUGUUAUACCAGUCGUUUAAUUAUCCAAUUAAUGAAGUGCAUAUUUCUGCCUAUAUUCAAAUGAUAUCUAAUUAUGUAAUACAAGCGAACAUUUAAUAACCUACAAAUAGAUUUCAGUUGGAAAUCUAGAAAUACUUUUGAAAUAAAAUAAAUCGCUACUAACU